AUGUUAUCAGCAUUGCCAUCAAAUAAUGACAAAAAUAAUUCAAAUAUCAUUGAUUUAUUAUAUCAUUUAUGUAAAGAGAAUGAAAUAGAAAAAGUUCAAAAUAUUUUACCUUUUAUUGGUAAUAUAAAUAUCAUCAAUGAAAUUCAAAGUUCAACUGGUUCGACAUGUUUGCAUGUAGCAUGUUAUUAUGGACAUCGAGAUAUGGUUAAAAUUUUAUUGGAAUACGGUGCUGUACAUUCCAUAAGAAAUUUACGACACAAUUUAACACCUUAUGAAGAAGCUACUACUGAUGAUAUAAAACAAUUAUU